UUCAUAUUCAUUCCGAAAAUAGAGAGAAUUAAUCUUCAUACAGUUUCUAGAUCGCAAUUUCUUUCUCAUCAUUUUCUUGUGUGUUGUUUCUCUGUUUGCUUUAACAUGGCACUCGUCUUCUCCACUAGGAAUGCAACCCCCCAGACAUACCGCACCUUCAUAGACGCUCUGCGACUCAGACUCACAGCCGGACGGCCCAAGUCACAUGGUAUACCGGUGCUGCCACGAAAAGAAGAUGUGCAGAAUGCGCAGCGCUUUCUGCUUGUUGAUCUAACAAACUCUGAAAACAAUACCAUCACGGUGGCAAUCGAUGUGGUGAACGCUUACGUGGUGGGUUACGCUGCAGGUGGUCGAUCCUACUUUCUUGCAGAAAAUGCUCCCAACGAUCGGCCUCCAAUCCAAUUCUUAUUCCCCGGCACCACUCGGGUUCCUACUCUGCGCUUCAACGGUACCUACAGCGGGCUUUCGCGAGGUGCAGAAGAAGCCGUCCCAAAUAUAGAUGAGAAGACACCUGUUCUUGAGCAAAUCUUUCCGAGACCCAAUCAACUAGAUGAGGCCAUCGGGCUGUUGCGGGGGGCCGUAUCCCAACCGGAACAAGCCUUAGGGUUUGUUGUGAUCAUUCAAAUGCUUUCGGAAGCGGCAAGGUUCCGACAAAUUGAGGGACUGGUCCGCACUACCAUGAAGGAAGAGUACGAUCCCCUUAAGCGAGGCCUUUCACUGGCGAGCCUUGAAACCAAAUGGUCUGAUCUCUCCGAAGAGAUCCAAACGGUACCGGCCAAUCAAACACGCUUCCAUAGGACUAUUACGGUCCACAACAUCUCAAAUGCACGCGUCGAAAUAAACAGUGUUGAAUCACCCUUUGUUCAGGGUGUCACGAUGCCGCUCUAGGACAGAAACCGAAAAUGAAAUUGCAACCCUCCAGGACCUGGAGUGAGAAUGUAUGCCUAUGAACAUGAUGAACUGUAAUACGUACUACUUCAACUUAUUUGAGUCGUUAAAUUUUUACCUUUGCUUGGCUGACUCAUCCGUUUUGAGAGGUGUGCAAUGUUGAAGCAUUAGAAUUGUUAGGACUUAUCCGAGUUUGUUGCUUAGUUGGCUACUUACUCGGUUAAUAAUGCCCUAGUUUGUAGGGUAAUCUGUUUUGUUUGUAUUGGUCUUAGACCCAGUCACACGUUCUUAGGAGUUGUGAACGUGGAGUUUGCUUUUCAGUUGAUUUCCUUGUAACAGGCUCGUAUAAAGCCAUUGCUUUU